AUGGCGGACAGCAACAGCACAACAACAUUUAUAGAUCAAUUGAAUUCUCUUCGCUCAAUUUUACGUUCCGAUGAUCAUCUUCAAAUUCAACAAUCUGGAGAUUACGAACAAAUUCAUAUCAAACUCGAUUACGAUAUUCAACUAGGUUUUUUUUUAAAUUCACUUGAUUCUUCUAACAAAUCCUUAACUGUCAAUAAUGUCACUGACUUACGAAUGAAUAAAUCAUCAAAUAAAUGUUCAUUGAGUAACGAUGAAUGGAUCACUAUUCGUAAAUAUUUCGAUGAACUUAUCCAACAAUCAAAUGAAUUCACCUCACUUCAAUCUUUUAUUGAAUCAAUUCAAAAUCAUCUCACAAAAAUGAGAACGAACACAAAGAAAUCGAAACAAAAAGCAAAAAAAACAAUAGAAGUGGAAACAACCGACGAUACAUCUACUGCCAGUAAUAAAUUUCGUGAUGCAAUAUCGAUAUUUAAUCGAAUCUCACAUGAUAAAACAAUCGAUCGGUCACAAGUAAUGAUCGGCUAUGAAGAUCGUUUUACAGGAAUUCAUGAAGUUCCAUUCAGUGACUUUAAAAAAGUUCAUGAACACCGGUAUGGCGUUCCAAUGCAUCGCAUUCGACAUUAUAAAAUCAAUGGAAAUAUUGUUUGGGAUAGAACGGCAAAAUUAGACAUUUUAACGGGUAGUGAUCAAUUACCUGAAACAGCUAAUGAUAAUGCAGAAAUAUCCACUCUUGCACAAGGACUCUACCAUUUUGAUCAUUCUCUUCAGCAAUGGAGCGAAGUUCAAAAUGUACCAUUAACAUCCGAUGACACGAAAACUCCAUCAACAAAAGAAACAUGCCUUCCUGAACGAUGUCAUUUUCUUACAUGGAAUAUUCUAUUUGAUUACCAAAAACCAGGACUCAUUCAUAGCUCUCAGCGAUAUCAAUCAAUACUUCACACACUGAAAACUCUUUUACCCGAUGUUAUUUUUUUACAAGAAGUUACAGUUAUUUUCCUGAACCUUCUUCUAAAUGAAUUAUGGUUACAAGAAAAUAAUUAUUAUAUUGUUAUUAUGAGAAGUGUGAUUAAUAGUGAACAAAAUAAAUCCUAUGGACAAAUGAUAUUGACGAAAAAUUUUCGACCUCGAUCAUUUUCGAUAUGUCCAUUGGAUACUUCGGAUGAAGAUAGAACUGUAGCAGCAUCAACAACAACAAAGACAACCAAAGAGUUGAUCAUCGCCCGAUUUGGUUUAAAUCCUAAAAUAACAAUCGAUCUUGUUAAUCUUCACUUACAUAGUGAUCUUUCUCGGAAUUCAAGUGAAAAGCGCUGUCAAGCAUUAGAAAAUCUUUUCAAAAAAAUGAAAACUAAUAACUAUAUGCUUAUUGGUGAUUUCAAUUUCGGAGAUAGUUAUGUGAAAGAACAAAAUAUUCUUGAAAAAUACGAAGAUGAAGUUCAUGAUCUUUGGAAAAUUAUCUAUCAUCUUGACCAAAAUCCUGGCUUUACAUUUGAUCCAUCGAAUAAUAUUUGUGCUCGUAUCACAUCUACUUCACAAACAAAUCGUCGCUUAGAUCGAUAUUUAGUGCAUACAUUAGAUACUGUUUCUUAUUCCAUUGAACAUCUGGCUAUCAUUGGCACUCAACCUAUCCCUAUCGAUCCAUUGAAUAACGAUAAUUCUCAACGAAUUCAUCAAUCUGAUCAUUACGCUUUACAAUUAGUUAUGAAUUUUCGAACACGAUCCAUCAGUCAUCGCUCGGCAGUUGCCAUUUUACCAACAUUGAAUAUGUGGCCGUUGAUCGAUCCUCAUCGACAACAAUAUGAUCCAUCAUUCGAUCGAUGGCCUCCACAUAUUAAUCUACUAUGGCCAUUUUUCGAUUUAACCGAUUGUGAAGAAGAUCAAGAAAAUAUUCUUUUACAAUUGCGGCUUCUCUUAUGUCAAUAUGAAUCCUUUUCUGCUGGAAUCGAUCAAAUCGAUUCAUUCAUCGAAAAUAAAACGAUCUACAUGAAAUUAAAUCAACAAUCCGAAAAUCAAGUGAAACAAUUACAAGCGCAACUUGUUAAACUCUUUCCACAAUGUUCGAAUAAUAAUCGGCAUACUUACAGUCCACAUAUGACCAUUGGACAAUUCGAGAAUGAGGAAAAAUUUAAAGAAGCGAAAUCGUCACUAAUUUUAAAUGAAUCAUUUCAAUUUCCUGUUCAUUAUAUUUAUAUUCUACAACGAUCACUUGACAAUGAUACAGAACCAUUUCAUAUUGCUUAUCAAUUACCCUUAGGUUCUGUGCUCCCACCAAUCAAUUCUAAACAAUUACACUCUGUAGAUGAGAAAUUACAGCAAUUCUUUCAAACCAUGAAUCUCUAUGAAAGUGAACAAUCUUACCAAAGAAAACAAGAGAAAUUCGAGAAACUUUCAUCUUGUUUCGAACAAAUAUUCAACAAUGACACAUUACACUGCUUCACUCAUUCAUUUCUUCCCUAUGGAAGUUUUCGUAUUGGAAUCAAUGGACAAGAUGUUGAUACAGUAUUUAUUUUAAAUGAAAUUAAGUGUGAUAACAAUCAAGCGACUAGUUUUGAUGAAGCACUUCGUGAAUUGAAACAUGAUCCAACUGGAUUAAAUGAUCAUAUUGUUGAUUUAUUGGAGACACAAAUCAAUGGAACUAUGAAAAAUGAAAUUCUUCACUAUCGAAAGAUUCAAGCUCUAUUUCCAAUAAUAUCAAUUGUAUUUCAUGAUCAAACAAAAGUAGAAAUAUUUGUGCAGAUAAAAACAAUCAAAGAGCAAUCUAAUGUGCAAACAUGUCAGGACGACUUUGAUGGCGAGGAAUUUAUACAUGGGGUACACGAUAUUGAACGUCUACUAAUAUAUGUUUAUUCGCCGCCUAUCUUUCAACAUUUUCUGACAUUCAUUCGGGCGUGGGCUCAACAAGUCGGUCUUUAUGGACAAGUAUACGGCUAUCUAAGUGGCUAUUCAUGGGCUAUUUUAUGUGCCUAUAUUUGCCAUAAAUUUCUGGCACCGAUAAAAUCUCUUUCAUCAAUUGAACAAUUCUCUAUUGAGGAAUUCUUUUCAUUAGUACAACAAUUUUUUUCAACAUUUGCACAUUUCAAUUGGUCAGCGGACGCUCUUCGCCUAUAUCCAAAAUCAUAUAAACAAAAGACGCUUGUUGGUAGAUCACUGGCACAUAAUCGAGGUUCAAUGCGUAUCAUAUCACCAAGUGCACCAUUUAACAAUACUGGACGAUCAACAAUCAAUUCAACACGUGAUCUAAUUAGUGAAGGUCUUGAACGUGUUUUACAACUACUUACUACAAUCAACACAAUCACUUCAGAAGAUAAAUGGAAUGCACUGAAGCAGAUUCUCGAGCUAUCGCAUGAAUUUCCUAGUGAAAAAGUAAAAUCAAUUCUUCGAUUAACACUCUCAAGUGAAAAUGGUCAAGAACUUGAUGAAUGGAUUGGUUGGACGAAAUCACGGUUGGGUCAUUUUCUAAAUGAUUGUGAAGAAGAAUGUCAUUUAUCUAUUCAAACACAAAAUUCAAUCGAAUAUCGAUCUAACAAUAUAGAAGGUUUCUAUGCUAUUGGUUUUCAGCUGGAUCCCCAAUCAUUAAAUCGAAAUCGAAAGUUUUUUGAUUGUUUAAAGAAGUUCCUUAAUCAAUUUAAUUUAUGUCCAAACCGAACAGAUUCAAUGAAAAUUUCACAAGAUGUAAUCUCCGUCCAUGAUUGGAAACUUGAACGAACACAACCGAAACCGCAAAGGCUCAGAAAAUAA